AUGCGCUUCCUUCACUCAGCGUUCCUCAUUGCAACACUAGCCGCGCUGGCCGCUGGCGACUCAUCAUCAACCGCGGUCUUUACACAGACUGGCUUCGGGAACGGCACGCAGGUCACCGUCUGUACCGCGCAAAUCACACUCCCGAUCCUGGAGGCCAACAACACUGAGGGCUCAGGUGGCGGUGGCGGCAGCGGCAGCGAAACUACGUCUCCGACGCCCACGUCCUCCAACGAGUCCGGUGCCGCUCCUCACCUGCUCAACCACCGGACAGCUACGGUCUCAAUGUUGGUUGCGCUGGUUUUAGCUGGGACUUUGUACUGA